UGUAAUUCAGCGGUUUCCGGAGCUGCGGCGGCGUAGACGGGGAGGGGGAGUUUGGGGUUCCGACGUCGCCGCGGAGCGAGCAAGCCCGAACCGGAUCCUUGACGAGCACCCCUGCUCGGCGCUGUCUCUCCACGUCUGCUAGGAGAGGCCCGGCGGCCUGAGUGAGCCUCGCGACCCACAUUCCGGCGCAAGCGCAGCCCCGGCCUAUCGGGCCUGAGCCCGAGAAACAGAAUGACAGACCAACUGGGAUAUUGUUAGACAUUUUCUCAAAAAAGAAAGAAAAGAAGCUGUCUCUUCAAGGAAAACAAACGAUAAUGUUUGUUGCCAAUGACAAAGUUUAAGCUUUCGAAUGAAAAUCAGAAUUUGAGAAAAUUCGCAAGAAAAAUUCUGGGACCCCUGACUCCCGCAGGAUGGCCCAAUGGAAUCAGCUACAGCAGCUCGACACACGGUACCUGGAGCAGCUUCAUCAGCUGUACAGUGACAGCUUCCCAAUGGAGCUGCGGCAGUUUCUGGCCCCUUGGAUUGAGAGUCAAGAUUGGGCAUAUGCGGCCAGCAAAGAAUCACAUGCUACUUUGGUGUUUCAUAAUCUCUUGGGUGAGAUUGACCAGCAGUACAGCCGUUUCCUACAGGAAUCGAAUGUUCUCUAUCAGCACAAUCUGCGAAGAAUCAAGCAGUUCCUUCAGAGCAGGUAUCUGGAGAAGCCAAUGGAGAUUGCCCGAAUUGUGGCCCGGUGCCUGUGGGAAGAGUCCCGCCUGCUCCAGACUGCAGCCACUGCAGCCCAGCAAGGGGGCCAGGCCAACCACCCCACGGCCGCCGUGGUGACGGAGAAGCAGCAGAUGCUGGAGCAGCACCUGCAAGAUGUUCGGAAGCGAGUACAGGACCUAGAACAGAAAAUGAAAGUGGUAGAGAACCUCCAGGAUGACUUUGACUUCAACUAUAAAACCCUCAAGAGUCAAGGAGACAUGCAGGAUCUGAAUGGAAACAACCAGUCCGUGACCAGGCAGAAGAUGCAGCAGCUGGAACAGAUGCUCACGGCGCUGGACCAGAUGCGGCGCAGCAUCGUGAGUGAGUUGGCGGGGCUGUUGUCAGCCAUGGAGUAUGUGCAGAAGACGCUCACGGAUGAAGAGCUGGCUGACUGGAAGAGGCGGCAGCAGAUUGCGUGCAUCGGGGGCCCGCCCAACAUCUGCCUCGACCGCCUAGAAAACUGGAUAACCUCGUUAGCGGAAUCUCAACUUCAGACCCGCCAACAAAUUAAGAAACUGGAGGAGUUGCAGCAAAAAGUGUCCUACAAAGGGGAUCCCAUUGUACAGCACCGGCCAAUGCUGGAGGAGAGGAUUGUGGAGCUGUUUAGAAACUUAAUGAAAAGUGCCUUUGUGGUUGAGCGGCAGCCCUGCAUGCCCAUGCAUCCCGACCGGCCAUUGGUCAUCAAGACUGGCGUCCAGUUCACUACCAAAGUCAGAUUGCUGGUCAAAUUCCCUGAGUUAAAUUAUCAGCUUAAAAUUAAAGUGUGCAUUGACAAAGACUCCGGGGAUGUUGCAGCGCUCAGAGGAUCCCGGAAAUUUAACAUUCUGGGCACAAACACGAAAGUGAUGAACAUGGAAGAGUCCAACAACGGCAGCCUCUCUGCAGAAUUCAAACAUCUGACCCUGAGAGAGCAAAGAUGUGGUAACGGGGGCCGAGCCAAUUGUGACGCCUCCCUGAUUGUCACCGAGGAGCUGCACCUGAUCACCUUUGAGACUGAGGUGUAUCACCAGGGCCUCAAGAUUGACCUUGAGACCCACUCCUUGCCGGUUGUGGUGAUCUCCAACAUCUGUCAGAUGCCUAAUGCCUGGGCAUCUAUCCUGUGGUAUAACAUGCUGACCAACAACCCCAAGAACGUGAACUUUUUCACCAAGCCCCCGAUUGGAACCUGGGAUCAAGUGGCUGAGGUGCUGAGCUGGCAGUUCUCCUCCACCACAAAGCGAGGCCUGAGCAUUGAGCAGUUGACGACGCUGGCAGAGAAGCUCUUAGGACCUGGUGUGAACUAUUCAGGGUGUCAGAUUACGUGGGCUAAAUUUUGCAAAGAAAACAUGGCCGGCAAAGGCUUCUCCUUCUGGGUCUGGCUAGACAAUAUCAUUGAUCUUGUGAAAAAGUACAUCCUGGCUCUUUGGAAUGAAGGGUACAUAAUGGGUUUUAUCAGUAAGGAGCGGGAGCGGGCCAUCUUGAGCACCAAGCCCCCAGGCACCUUCCUGCUAAGAUUCAGUGAAAGCAGCAAAGAAGGAGGUGUCACCUUCACUUGGGUGGAGAAGGACAUCAGCGGCAAGACCCAGAUCCAGUCCGUGGAACCAUAUACCAAGCAGCAGCUGAACAACAUGUCGUUUGCUGAAAUCAUCAUGGGCUAUAAGAUCAUGGAUGCUACCAACAUCCUCGUGUCUCCGCUGGUUUAUCUCUACCCGGACAUUCCUAAGGAGGAGGCGUUUGGAAAGUAUUGUCGACCAGAAAGCCAGGAGCAUCCUGAAGCUGACCCAGGUAGUGCUGCCCCAUACCUGAAGACCAAGUUUAUCUGUGUGACACCAACGACCUGCAGCAAUACCAUUGACCUGCCGAUGUCCCCCCGCACUUUAGAUUCAUUGAUGCAGUUUGGAAAUAAUGGUGAAGGUGCUGAACCCUCAGCAGGAGGGCAGUUUGAAUCCCUCACGUUCGACAUGGAGUUGACCUCGGAGUGCGCCACCUCCCCAAUGUGAGGAGCGGCGGGCUGAGGCUGCAGACAGAGAUGACGGAGGCACCUCCCUGUGUCCCACCACCCCUUAAACAGCCAACCCCCAGAUCGUCUGAAACUCCUCUAACUCUGUGCUUCCAGAUUUUGUUUGUUUUGUUGGGUUUUUUGUUUUGUUUUGGUUUUGUUGUUUUUUUUUUAAAUCUCCUACUCCUGCUACCUUUGAGCAACCUGGGCACUUUUCACAAUAGAGAAAUGAAUGAAUGUGAGUGAUACGCUUUGACCUAAAUGCAAAUAAGAAACGUGUUCUCUGAGACUGCCAUCAGGGGAUGCGGAAGGGGUGGCAAGAGGGGGAGAAAGGAAACGUUCUUGUCUUUUCUUGCUCCCCCGCCCUCCUUUCUCAGCAGCUUGCGUUGUUAGACAAGUGCCUCCCGGUGCCCGCACAGCCCUCCGCCUGCUCCUGCGAGCGGCCGCCACAGGCUGCCUGUAGCUGUGCUACUGCUGACAUUGCACUUUUAACCUUGCUAACAUCCAAAUAGAAGAUAGGACUUUCACAGCCCCGAGGUUUCUUUUUAAAUUAAAAAAAAAAAAAAUUUUUUUUCAAGGGCGAAAAAACACUGUAUCGGCAUAGCCUUUUCUGUAUUUAAGAAAACUCAGUCAGUAGCCUUCUUGGUGCUUUAGGCAUUCAGCUUUCUUCAGGCAGAUAAUUUAUAGAAAUCCAGAAAUGGGCUUCAGAUCCAGCUCUUUAAAAGACAUCUGAAGCUGUGGCUUGGCCUUUGGUUUUGACAUAGGAAGGUUGAAGGACAACCGAAACAUUCUAGACUUUUUUUAAUAAACAAAGUUUUUAUUUUCCCCUUUAACGUGUCGGCCUGUUAGUAGGUAAGGCUGCGCAGAGGAGUGCUUACAACCUGUCCCCCGUCUGCCUGGACUUGUGCUCCUGUUCCAGAGCCCGGGUUGUUCCUGUGGGUGCCUUAUAAGGGAUGGGAUGAUCCUUCCUUCCUCCUUCUCCACCUGACCCCCCUUGUGUAUGGCUCCUUCCAGUGUCUGAAGGCCCCCUUGUCCUGUUUGCUUUAGGAAUCCUGGAAUAAGAAGGUGAGAGUUAGAGAUCGAACAUGACUCAGACUGUGGGGCCCCAGCCAAGGGUCUAGUUGAGCUCAGGGAAUAUGGUUUUUAUCCUGGUUUCUUGGUGGUUUCCCGAGGCACCUUUAAUCACUUCACGUGGUUAACCCAGGUGCAAAGGCUUAGUGAUAAACUCGAAGUCUGUCCCUCGUGUGAGGGUGUGCACCUUGGCCUCCCCCCCAGUGCUGGUGACCAUCUCCUCCCCAUUGAGGCCCCGCGAAUGAGGGAGAACAGCUCCCAUUUACUGUGCAUUUCGAAACACUUCAUGGUCUCUGAUAUUUGGUCCACCCCCCCCCCCACCCCGCCCCAAUCCGGAGGCCCGACUAGCUUGGGUGGUCCCAGACCACCUUAUCUCAGUCGGUCAGAGUUUCUGUGGAGCUCUAUUUGUUUUACCCACGCUCACCAGUUUCAGAAUUAAGGGGAUGAGGACCUUCUCUCCAAGACAAACAGGUUGCGCUCGGCCAUCCCUGUCGUCCUGCCUAGAAACAGUUGGGAGGUAGUACAGAGCUCUCCCUUCUCCAGCAACACUCUUCAGUUUAUAAUAAGCUUAACUCAGAAAUUGAGAGAUUUAGAUCAGAGGGACCCGGGGCAAGGAUCCAGGCUCCCCUGGAGCAGAUAUUGUAACGUUCAUGGCUUUGAGGUAGCAUGUGUAUCAGGUUUUAACUCUGAUAGUAGCAAGAGUUCUGAGAGGGGCAGAGACUGGCCCCUCCCUAAAAGAACGGAGCCCUCCAGGACCUGCCCGCUUUCUCUCCACUGUCUCCCCCUGCCCGUCCCCUGCCCAGCCAAGGGGUUCCCAUAGAUGGCUCAACCUGCCGGCGCAGUGGUUUGUAUGCCACUGGCCCGGUCACUGCGUCAAAUUCCAAUGUAUACUUCAUAGUGUAAAAAUUUAUAUUAUUGUGGAGUUUUUUUGUUUUUGUUUUGUAUAUUGCUGUAUCUACUUUAACUUCCAGAAAUAAAAGUUAUAUAGGAACUGUC